UUUCUAGUGCCUCACAGCAAAACCUGCUGCAGCCUCACAACUAAGAGGCCCCUUGUAACCUAAUCGAUUGCCGAGCUGAGAGUCAGACACAGGGUCCACGCGCCGUGAUCCGUUUCUCUGUGUCAGACCAACUUCCCAGAAUAGCAACUCGCGCGGGUUCGGUUAUCUGCCGCUUCGCUGUGCUCCGGAGGAGAUGGAGGAGGAAGUCAGUGGUGGAUUGAACAACUGUUGCUUUUGUCGCCGCUGCGGAACCAAACUAGCUCCCAGUCCGCGCUGCGCGGCGCACGUCGGCUUAGAAUGAAGUCUAUUCCGAGCCGAGACGGUCGGUCUGGAUCUCUAUGCAAGUUGGUGGGAUUAUAUAAACUCCUGCGCGUUUAAGGUAAAUACGAGGGAGCGAGACGCGCCUCAGCCCAUUUAUCGAGGUCCUGCCUUUUUUGCAGAGAACAAUCAUUUUAGCUGCUUUCGCGCUGACAGUCGACUAUCUGGCAUUAAAAAAAAAAAAAAAAAAAUCGGCUCCAGACGCGCGAGAGGCGCUGGACGCGCAUGUCUGCGGCGGAGGCAGACAAGGAGCGUCUGUCUGAUGAACGGACAGCCAGACGGGCUCCGCCGUGGACUGCGGUGAUCGGAUAACCUGUUGAAUCGCAGCUGUCAGUCAGCUCCGAGCGGCACGAGGCAGACCCACAAAAAAAAAAAAAAAAAAAUCACCCAACACGAGCAACACAACGCGCAACGCACACAAUGCCAACAAAAGUCGCUCCGCGGUUCUCGCAGAUGAUGGUUAUUUCCAGAGAUGCUCAGUUGCGUGUCAGGGAGGUGGAGACAACGUAUCACCCCCUCCCUUCGUAUCUGACUGAAGCUACCAACUAAUUCUGCACAGGGGAGACGCUUGAAGCUCCCAUAGCACUUGAAAUGGAGGCUCCUGAUGACUACUGCGCUAGUAACGGCCAAUGCUCUCCUGGUAGGGAGAACUCGAGAAUGUUGGCGGAUAUGUCGGCACCUAAUGGAGAGCGCGUUCCUCAGGGUCCUAAUUCCCCCAGUGAACUGACAAUUAAGCAAGAGGAAGAAACGGGAGAGGAAGCAGAAAGCCGAAGCCCAGCACUUGAAGAAACAGGCCAAACAGGGGAAGAAGGUGUAGGUCCGGAUGAAUCCAUUACUGGCAGCCCGGGCAACACACAGGACGGACUAUGUGGGCCCAACAUGGCAGCUGACACAGGAAGUCGACAACCAAACGGUGACCGGCCGUUCCAGUGCAACCAGUGCGGAGUCUCGUUCACCCAGAAGGGGAAUCUGCUGCGGCACAUCAAGCUGCACACGGGCGAGAAACCCUUCAAAUGCCCCUUCUGCAGCUACGCGUGCCGGCGGCGCGACGCCCUCACCGGCCACUUGCGCACUCACGCCGUCGGCAAACCGCACAAGUGCACCUACUGCGGCCGGAGCUAUAAGCAGCGCACGUCGCUGGAGGAGCACAAGGAGCGCUGCCAUAGUUACCUGCAGGGCAUCGGCCUGGACCCCAACUCUAACGCUGGCUCCUACGCAGGCGAGGUUCCUAAAGAUCCCAGGUCCAUGGCAGAGGCCAACGCUGUGUCCAGCUUCGACCGGCCGCCGGUCAUAGAGAGGCUGCCCGGCAACGUGGGCAAGAGGAAGAGCACCACCCCUCAGAAGUUUGUGGGGGAAAAGAUGGUUCGCUACAGCUACCCCGACCUAAGCUAUGAGAUGGGCCUGAAGUUCGAGAAGCAGGCUGAGCUGAUGCAGGCCCACAUGAUGGAGCAGCCCAUCACAUACCUGGGAUCAGACCCCCUGCGACCCCUGCUGCACCAUCCGGGCCCGCCCCUCUCUAUGGCCGAGGUGGUGCCCAUGGUCAACCCCCUCUUCCACCACGUCCUACCGCUGGCCCAACGAACAGAGCGGCCGGGCAACUGCGACGCGCUGCCCUCGCAUCCGCCCCAGCCCCACGACUUUUCCAGUCAACCCACUUCAAACGGCCCCGCUGCUCUAACUAGGCAGGCCAAACCAAACCCGCCGGGGCAAGAGGAGUCCCCCAACCACAGCGGCAUCGACUCUGCCGACUCAGCCCGCAGCAGCCCUCAGGAGAGGCAGGGUUACCACGGGAACAACCUCCCGCCGGGCCUCAGGUCUAGAGCCAGCCCCGCCAUCUAUCCCGGCGAGCGGGCGGCCGCGUCGCCCAGGAGCGGCGCCGGGAUGCUGCGAGUGGCCGCCGAGAGGCCGUUGAGCCACGAGGCGGUGAGGGUGUUCGGACGGGACGGCCAGGAGCUGAGGGCCUUCCAGUGCGAGCACUGCCGCGUGCUCUUCCUGGACCAUGUCAUGUACACCAUCCACAUGGGUUGCCACGGAUACCGGGACCCGCUGGAGUGCAACAUCUGCGGCCACCGCAGCAAGGAUCGCUACGAGUUCUCCUCCCACAUAGUCCGGGGCGAACACACCUUCCAGUAACGGGAGGGCGGGAAUCGGGAGGAGGACGAAGAAGGCGAAGGAUUAUUAGCUCAAAGUCCGUCCUGUCCCCUGACCUCUGAGACUGCACAGCUGAACGGCUGUAGACCAGUGUAGCACAAUCAUGGACUUCUUUUUAAGCUACUUAUUGUGAAUCUGAAACGUUUAACAAUCAAAUGAAGGUAUGGGCCAAAGACACAUUUUCUACACAUUUAAUUACCAAUUAAAUGUAGGAAGGAAGGCAAGUUUAAAUAACAGAGCAGCUGUGAGUUUUCCAUUUUAGUCUUGUUUGAUUAUGUGUUUUUUUUUUUCCUGUGCUGUUCUGAUAACGAUUUACGUUUUUCCUGAUUAAGACUUAAUGGAUGCAUUCAAACAUUCGAGCAGGUUUCCACCAUGUCGUGGAUGUGAUUACAGCUGCCACCAGAGCGGAGGUGAAGGAGAGGGAGACUUUUACUGUAACGUUUGAACAGGGGGCGGACGUGAUGUGAAGGCAUGAGGCGCUUUAGGUCAUUCUCUUCGUUGCUGGGGCUUUCUAAGGUUCCUACUGUUGCUGAAGGAUACGACGUCACACUGUUAAACUGCUAUUUUCGGCUCUUAACAAACUGUUUAACUGUUUAUAGAACUUGGAGGCUUUGAACACAUUUUCAAUACAAGUGGCAGAUAAACCACAAAUAUUUUUUUUCCCCAAAAUUGUGAACACCAAACAUUGUAUGAAGUACAAACAUCAGUAGAAGCAUGAGAAUUAUUUUACAAAUUAAAAUGUACAAUUUACUGUAAAUUUAAACAGUAUUUGAAACAGUUUGUACAUUCUGUUGAAUGAAUAGGUUAGUUUUUGUAUCACAUACAGGUUAAGCUCAAAUGAAUGCACACAAAGCACUUAAACUUUUAAAACUUUUAAUGAGUUUGGAGCAAUUAGUCAAUGUAUAACAUUGUAGACACUCUACAGUAGCUUCCAAACAAACACAUUUGUUGUUAUUUUUAUUUUCUUGAGACUUCUCCAAGACAUUAUUUGCUGCUUGUAUUGAGAUUUGUUUCAAUCCGCCUCAUCAGCCUCUCUUCAAUUUGCACUUACACACACAGGCAGAUCUAUUGAUCACUGAGCAAAAUUAUAGCACAAAAGGGGAAAAAAAAACAGCAAGCAAAUCUAGUGUAGCCUAAUGGUCCUUGUCAGCACCGUGACCCUACGGAGUUCAGCCGUGGCCAUCUUUUAUUCCACCAGCUGCCAAGCUAAUGCAUCCUCCACACAAAUAGCUGGUUGUUUGUUUCUCUGCUGGCUUAUAUAAAGAAAUAAUAGACCCUGGUGACUCAUGGGUUGCGUUGCUUGCAGAGGUAACGCACAGUUGAAUUCCUUAAACCGCGACCAUCAGAGUUUGUUUAAAACUGGUGGACUGGCACUUGAAAGCAGACAGGGGGUGGUAAAUGAACUGGUGGGGCUGGUUGAGACUGCACUCUAAUACCUCUCUAUGUGCUUUAUGGCUCUGACGUCUCUGUCGGCUACUCUGAUUCAGGCUGGAUCGGCGCGUGUGCACAUAUGCUGCUGGGCCGACUCCUUCUGGGCUCUGGGCGCUAAAUCCCUGCUCACAUGUCAUCUUUCGCCCUGGUCUUAUGUCACCAUGACUGUGGUUUACUGCAUCGUGAGGCAGGAGGUUUAUUACAGUUAGAUUAUUAUCCAGAUUUCCCCAUUUACACACAGUCGCACACACACUAACGUCUCGCACUUUCCUUCACCUCCUCUAUUUGUACAGUCAACAGAGAGCGAGUGAAGGAUUGUGGAUAUUCAUGGAUUGAGCCCGUUAGUCUCUCCUCGUCAACAUAACACUGUGCCGUGUGCAGUCAUCUGUGUACGUCACUGUGUGUCUUUAUUUCUACAUUAGUAAUGACAGACGCUCUCUUUUAAGUCCGGCGUUAUUAGCAUCGCUGUUUCCGAACGCCUCCAACAGCUGAUCAUUCUCUAAGGGUAAACUCAGUGAUCCUCGCGUACCCGCACUUGUCGAAUGCUUGCAAUCAAAAGGCAGCUUUUUCCUCUGUUUACAUGUUGCUUCUUCUGUGCAACUGGCGCCCAGUUAGCAUAAAACAUACUGUCUGUAAAGUAUUGGCACUGGAAUGUGUUUACACCUCGCAGCUGUGACACUGACUCUCUACGGUCCUCUGUUAUAUUAUUCCUGUACAUAUUUAUUAUAUCUGUUGACACAGUCAUUUUGAACAACACGUCCUCAGAAUGUGGGACAGAAGUAAAUGCUAACUUUUUCUUUUUGUUUCUUACUCCAUUUUGAAAGGGAAUAAUAAUAAUUGAUAUUAAGACCAGAACAAAAUUGAAUUUUUUUUUUCUGUUUUUAUUCGUUGUACACAUCUUUAGCUGAAGCAGCCAUAUGAACAACAACAAAAGUCAGGCCUCCUCGCACAUGAGGAGCUUACUUGAAGAUCAGAAUCACUGGUAUCGCACCAGAUCGUGGGAAUGUGUUUUUUUUUUUGUAAAUUUUAAAAGUGAGUGUGCUAAAUGUCUAUUUUUCUGCUCAAAUGUUUAAUGCGAAGAGUUUCGUGAACAUCGUGUGUCUUUUUUUUUUAUUUUAAAAAUGUUUACAAAAAUACAAAAGGCAGGGUUCAGGUGCGUUGUAUUUUUUAACAAAUAAUAUAUGAACGGUGUAUAUUUUGUCACUGAAUACUGAAACUAUCUGGAAACUUGUGCUGAUCGAUCGAACUUUGUGAAAUAUGGGCUCUCAGGUAUUUGCAUAGCUUGUGUAUUUUCAUGUCCUCAAACAUGUGAUUAAUUUAUCUGAACGAUGCACAUUUAUUGACAUUCUUGCUACUUUCUCCAAGCGUGGUGAAGGAGGUUGGAGGAUUGGUCAGCCCUGUUUUUUGACAUUGUGACAUUACAUGAAGACUCACUGCUGUGAAGAAUACAGUGUAUAUUUUUAAGGCAUGGGUUUCUCUCUAUUAAAGAAGUUAUUUUAC